AUGCCUCGCCAAAUAUUCAAGAACCGAGUUCUUGCAACCGCGGGGCCUCUACCGCCGACAAUUACGCUCGAUAAUCUACGAACGUGGAUACCUCUACGAAAAGGUCGCCUCGCCGAAGCUUUCGAUGAUGAGGUCACGCACCUUCUCUGCACUCAUGAGCAGUUUAAGAAGAGGGUGCCUCUAGGUAACAUGACUAGUAUUCUCAUUCGUUCUGUACUGAUGCCUUUUUGUUUUUGCUUUACAGUCAAGAAGGUCUUGAAGGAUUACAAGCGCAUUCAUAUUGUCCACUAUGACUGGCUCGAGUUCUCUGCCGUGGCUAACAAGCGUCUCCCCGAACGGGAGUACUCUAUGCGCAACAUUCUUGCCAAAGAAAGGGCAGAGACGCGCGAAAGAAAUCGGCAAGAAAAUGGGCGGAAAGAGGGCGAGCGAGGUGUGAACCCGACUGACGUUCCGUCUCGCGUACCAGCUUUAUUCCACAUCUACCAGGACCGAGAGUUCUUUUCAUACCAGAUUGAUCUUACUCGCAAUAAUUCUGAUGACGGGGAAUUCGGGCAGCGCUAUGUGCUGACUCUGUGGGAGUCCAAUGCAAAGCCGCAUCUGUACUGGUUCACGGCCAAAUUCAUGAGACGAAAAGGAGAUCCAAACGCUAGCUAUCAUCGCCCCAGCCCAUGCUCAGGGAAAUGGCGCCACGAAAUGGAUCUCUUUCUGAAUUUCUUCCGCAUCAAGACGGGCAUCGAUUGGCAGGACCGCGUGCUCCUAGCAGGUACCACGCCGCUGUCCGCGUUUCAAUACACCCCACCAACAGGCGGCAAGCCCAUCGGCAGGCGCCUUCGGUUUUCGUACGAUUGCUGUGUGGAAUUGAACUUGGAAUGGAAACAGCAGAACUUGCCGCAAGAGAUAGUUCACAAAAAGGAUAGUGAGGAGGCAGAAGAAGCUGUCGAAAUGGCCGAAGAUUACGAUCGAGAGUCUGUUGGUCAUGAUGCCGACGACAGCGAUAUCGCAUCAGACCUUGGCAAGGAUAAUUGUGAGAAUGAGACAUCCGCAGCUCGACCAACCAGGGGCAGUAAUUGUUCAAAUACCGAGCCUGUCGGUCCAAAUGACAGCGGCAUCUGGCUUCAAGAAGACAGUGCCGAAAAUGCAGACGAUGAACCAGGAGCGAGCCCGAUGGAAACUGGUUCAUGA